GGAGUGUGAACAACAUGCAAAGAGACGAAAACUACUUCCUGAAGCGAUUAAAGCGAGGGCACGGACAGUUCCCUCCCCUGAGACCAUCUCUGGGAAAGACAGAGGGAUCAGCACAUGUGCUGGUCAUGUUAGUUGUUUGCUAAUCCUUUCCAUGAAAUGAUGGACGACAACGAAUUUCCGGUGACGCCCCCUUCGUCACGUACCUCUUCCCUCGGGAGUGCAGUGUCUGGCAGAGGACAGAGUGGGCUCGAUGAAGAAGACAUGCUCUACUACAUCCCUGAGAGAAGACCUUCUCUGGACCUGGGGCCCGUAUCAAUGGAUACCAGCCAGUGGCAUUAUGUGGACAAGGCCUUUUCUCCAGCUGUGAGCUACAGAUCAAUGACAAGUGAUGAGAUAUCAAUUAGCUUGAAUGUGGAAGAUGGAUCCCCUACAAGGGUUGAGCUGAACAGAGCGGAUUCAUACUCAAGCUGCUAUUCAUUGGACAGUGAUGAUUGUGAAAAGCUGGUCCCCAAGAUAAAAGAGCCAAAAGAGCCAAAAGAGGAUCUCGACGAUGAGCGUUCUGACACAUCUGACACAUUGCCAGAGCCAGAUCUCAUAAGGAAUCCUUCCCUCACCGUAGCGUUCACUUUCACGGCUAUUUCCAAAACCCUUCGGAAGCUGUCUGAGAGAGACCUUAAGGAAUUCAAGAUGAGGCUGUGGAAGCGUUACCCUCAGUCAUUCAACACUUACUCCCUAAGCAUGGACGUGGUGGACCUUGUGGACCGCCUGCUCGAGUGUUUCAGCCUGGAUGUUUCUUUGCAUAUCACCAAAGUCCUUCUUGAAGAAAUUGGGCAAAACAAGAUGAUUAAUUAUCUCCAUACUCUGUGCAUUAGAAAUGAAGUACGUCACGAUUUGAGCGAAACUCUAAAGGUGAAAUACGGCCAAGACAUUGACAAUCCCAUGCAGGGAGAGAAGAGACCCCUAGACGAAGUCUUCACCGAUCUCUACAUAACCUCAACAUCUGAUAACGGCCCAAAUAUUGAACAUGAGGUCAUGACAAUAGGAAAGCUUAACAGUAUCACGAAAAAAGAGAAACUACUUUCUACCAAAGACAUAUUGAGCGCUGAAAGGCUGGAAUGCUCCCACUUGAAGUUACUGCUGCUCUCAGGAGUGCCAGGGUCAGGGAAGUCUACGGCAGUGAGAAGGUUGAUUCUCGAUUGGAUUGAAGGGAAGUCCCACCAACACGUCUCCCUCUUGUUCCCCCUGAUGUUCAGAGAACUCAAACAGUUUGAGGACUCUUCAGUCUCCUUGAUGGAAAUACUACAAACACUAUACCCGGAAACCAAGAAACUGCGGGAGGAGGAUUAUAGAGGUGAAGACUGCAAAAUAAUGUUCAUCUUUGACGGUCUGGACGAGUACAGCAGUACGCUCGACUUUCACAACUCUUGCCCUCUCACCCACUUCACCGAGUCCACCAGCAUGAACGCGAUCGUGGUGAACCUCCUCAGAGACAAGCUGUUCUACCAAGGCCUUUUCCUCGUCACCUCUCGGACCCAGCUGAAGCGCUCCAUUCCGUGGGACACGCAUUAUGACAAGAUAGAUGUGCGCGGUUUCCUCGACCCUCAAAAGAACGAGUACUUUCGGAAGAGGUUUAAGGACCCGGCGCAGGCAGCUCAAGUCAUAGCGUACAUCGACGCCUCCAGAACCCUCCGCAUCAUGUGCCACCUGCCCUUGUUCUGCUCACUGGUCGGCGAUGAGUUCCAGCACAUUUUUAUGACCCGGGGGGCGCAGCCGCCCAGGAGCAUCGCCUACAUGUACACAAAGCUGCUCUCCACACUCACCCGGGAGCGGCGCAAAUUGCGAGCGUCGGAUCUUUGCCCGGACAAAGAGAGAGAGUUCUUCAUCAAACUUGGAAAUUUGGCGUUCAACAUGCUGGAGCAAGGACAGUUUAAGAUCACGAGGUACGAAUGGAAAGAUCUUGGAAUCUCCGCCGAGGAGGCUGUGAUUAACAGUGGCCUCUGCACACAGUACCUCACGUGUCCCAUCGUGCUGCAUCAGGAGAACGUCAUCAGCUUCAUACACCCUACUAUGCAGGAGUACAUGGCGGCGCUUUAUGUGUUUCUCACCUUUACCAACCUGGGGAAGAACAUUUUCGUGCGGCAUGUGAAAGACAAGGUGAAAGGGUUUUUCAAGGUGCCCACGGUGAUGGAGCUGUACAAGAGCGCCGUGGACAGAAGUCUGCAGCAUGAAGACGGCAAACUGGACACGAUGACGCGUUUCCUGGUCGGAAUGGGUCUGGAGACCAACCUGGAACUUCUCCAGCCGCUGUGCACGGGUCCCGUUAAGUGGCCGACGUUCGCCGCGGAUGCCGCCGACCUCAUCAGGGAGAGGAUCAAAGGAAAUGUAUCUCAAGGCAGGAAAAACCACUUGAUACGCUGCCUCGAUGAGCUGAGGUGAAAGGAUUGAUUGACACUAAAUAACUAUAAAUGUUUCCUCUGAAUUCCGAAAAACACUAAUCUCACUGAUUACUUUUCCAUUUACUCGGCUGUGGUCACAGCUUAAAGGAAAUAAGGGGCCUUGUUUGAAAGUUACAAUUGUAUCUUUUUUUGUGGUCAUCAAUUCUUGUUUCUGCUGCCAGCUCGUGCUUAAGACUGCUUUUUGAUAUAAAUGUUUGAUAUGUAACGCAGUAUUCACAUUGAAGGGCUGUUAAUCCGACAUAGCCAAAACAUGUGUGUAGAGUGACGGUGCUGGUUGGUGAUAACAAUUGGAAAAUGUGUUAGAAGUGGUCAGAUUAAUAAUAAAUGUCAAUGGAAACACCACAGGAUGCCAACAUACUUUGUCUCAGAAUAGAAAAUAAUUUAAUCUUUGUUAAAAGUUUUCAAACGGACACUGGAACGAUACACAACUACAGCACAUAGGUUAAAAAUGUAACAACAUUUAUAUUAUAUAAUAUUUUAUAUCAUCGUGUGGUAGUCAGUCAUUUAGGGUGCAUUUGCUUCAGCAUAAGAUGUUGCCUCUUGAAGCCGUGUUUCCUUUGAUAGGGACUUUUCUAAAAAUGCUUCAUCAAAUGUAUAUUGUGAGAGGAACCAAAUACUCAGUUUUUUGGAUUUCACCUAAAGUUCUUCCUUCCCAGAGGAUCACAAUGAGUCACCUUCACACUUGUUGGGUUCAUUACUGGGAAACCAGAAAAAUAAAUUAUGUUCUACUCUGGAACCAAAUGCA